AAUUGAAUAAUUCCAAAAUUAUAAAUUUUGCAAAAUUUAUGGGUAUAGUUUUUAAUUUGAAAUUUCGCGCUUGUUUGAAGUGUUACAGGGGGUGCACAUUUUACAAAUAACAAAAGUACUAGAUUCUCAAAUCUGAUUGGGAUUGGCUGCAUUGCAUCUGUAGGAUGUGAAAAAAUUGGGAAAAAUGGACGCCGAGAGAGUGAAUACAUUAGUUUUGUCUAAACUUUAUCUUAUAAUUAGCAGCGCAAAAUGGGUAAUCAAUUAGUGGGCAUCGCCCCCAGCCAAAUAUUUCCAGUAGAACACUAUUUGACGGAUCAUAGCGAUUUAUUGUUCGACGUAAACUUAGGAAGUACUAGAUUUUUCAAAGUGGCUCGAGCUCGCAGCCAGGAAGGCCUGAUAGUUGUAAAAGUGUUUGCAAUUCAUGACCCAACAUUGCUAUUAUCUACCUAUAAGGACAAGCUAGAGGAGAUUAGAUCAAAGUUAGCCUCAGCUGUCAACUGCCUACCAUUUCAACGAAUGAUUCUUACAGAAAAAGCAGGCUCAAUAAUGCGGGAAUAUGUUAAAUAUUCCCUUUAUGACAGAAUCAGCACUAGACCAUUUUUAACAAGCGGAAAAAAGUGGAUUAUUUUUCAAGUAUUGUAUGCUCUUCAUCAAGCUCAUAAGUUUGGAGUUUGUCACGGUGACAUAAAAUUGGAAAACAUUAUGAUAACCAGCUGGAACUGGGUAUUACUCACAGAUUUUGCAAGUUUUAAACCAACAUAUUUACCAGAAGAUAAUCCAGCAGAUUUCUCAUACUUCUUUGAUACUUCCAGAAGAAGAACUUGUUAUAUAGCACCUGAACGAUUUGUGAAAACAUUAUCUUCAGAAUUAAGCAAUACCUUGUUAUUGCCAGAACAAGAAGUAAAAACAGGCGAUCUGCAUCCCAUGAUGGAUAUCUUUUCUGCAGGCUGUGCUUUAACAGAAUUAUAUAAUGAAGGACAUCCACCAUUCGUUUCACAACUCUUAGCAUACAGGAACAAUGAAUAUUCAGUAAACAAACACUUGGAUAGUAUAGACGACCCAGGAAUACGAGAGUUGCUUGCCUCGAUGCUCGAAAGAAAUCCAGUAAACAGGAAGAGUGCUGAAAUUUAUCUGGCUCAAGCUCGCGGUAUCAUAUUUCCGGAGUAUUUUUAUUCCUUUCUACAGUCUUAUACUCAUUUUUCCGCUGCUCCAAUUUUAUCACCAGACGAAAAAAUAACUAGAUUAAAGAAGGACAUUGGCAAUAUUAUAAGUAUAUUAAGGACAGAAGAAAAUGAACGAACGAGAAUGAGCGGAACGAAAUCUGUAGAAACAAAAUCUGGCCAAUGCGAAAGUAACAUGGAAUCGAUGAAGGACGAUUCUGGUCAUAGUGAGGAAAAUACUAUGGUGGAAGUCGACAGUGAUCAAAGCUCCGAUAAAACCGAUUUGAACCAACUCGACAUGAAGAGUACAACUCAAGACGUUAGUAGUGAAAUUCAAAUAGAAGUGGAACCGGAGUUUAAAACAUCCAUGGACAAACAAACGUGCGACGAAGAAUCGCAGAAACCAAUUUUGGCCUCGACUGACAUUCUAGAAGGACUCGUUAUCAUAACUCAACUUGUUACAUCUUGCAUAAGAGGAUUACAUCAUUCUCAAUCUAAAUUAUAUAGCUUAGAAAUAUUAUUAGAGCUAGCUGAAAAUGUUUCUGAUGAAACAAUUCUUGAUAGAAUAUUACCUUACAUCUUCCAUCUGGUUCACGAUCCAGCACCGCGAGUAAGAGUAUCGGCGAUACAUACUCUAACAAAAUGUUUACAUCUUGUGAAAUCGAUACCACCUUCGGACGUAAACAUAUUCCCCGAAUACAUUCUGCCAGGUUUAGCACAUAUAACUCAAGAUGAGGCAGUUAUUGUUAGGGCAGCUUAUGCGGAAAAUAUUGCACACUUGGCGCAUAUCGCUUUACGUUAUUUAGAAAAUGCUCAUCUAUCUAACUUGAACAACAAAGAGGGACCAAAGCCUAGUUAUGAUAGUGAACUGCAAACCUUGCAUGAAAUGGUCCAACAAUCAGUUUCGAUGCUGUUAACAGACCCCCAAAAUUUAGUGAAACAGACUUUAAUGGAGAGUGGAAUAAAUAAAUUGUGUGUAUUUUUUGGUAAACAAAAGGCAAACGAUAUUUUGCUUAGUCAUGUUAUCACAUUUUUAAACGACAAGGAGGAUAAGGAAUUGAGAAGUUCCUUUUUUGAAUGCAUAGUGGGUGUGGCUGCAUAUGUGGGUUGGCACAGUAGCCCCAUAUUAAUGCCACUUCUGCAGCAAGGUCUAUCUGAUCCUGAAGAAUUUGUAACCACAAAGGCCAUAAAUGCUAUGGCAACACUUACAGAAUUAGGUCUGCUACAUAAAUCUGCUCUCUACCAACUAUUAUCAGAAACUAUGGUUUUUCUGGUCCACCCAAAUUUGUGGAUACGUCAUGCAACCGUUGGCUUUAUAUCAGCAGCAGCGAGAACUCUAAAUGUGGUGGACGUUCAGUGUAAAGUUCAGACAAUGCUUCAACCGUACUUAAAACAUUCAUUGAUUCAAAUAGAAAAAGAGAUUUUAUUGUUGGAAGCUCUUGUUCCUCCUAUAUCCAGAAUAGUAUACGACUCUGUGGUAAAAUAUAACGACGUGGAAGAGUUGUUUCAAGUACUUGAACAAAGACAGGCAGCCAGAGCGAAAGCUGUGAUGGGUGUUGUGCCACCACAAUAUAAUGAUAUGAGUACCUCUUUACGAAAUCUUUUUAGGCGACUGAGUUCGGAGUCGAUGACGGAGGCAGUUGAGAAUCAAUUAUUAAUCAUGAAACCACACUUGAUGAAAAUCAACAAAUAUCGUUCAGCAGACACGAAGCAAAAUGCUAUAAAGCCUGUGGAUGGCAAGCUGGAACUAAGUCCAGUGAAGGACAGGAUAAGACAUCAUGUUGUCAUGUUGUACUCCGAUACGAAAGGAGAUCUGACCUUGCCACCCUUCAAGAGAUUAGAUCGAAGAACAUCGGACACUGUUGGCACAUAUGCAACGAUGAAUCAGGAAUGGCGCACGAUGUUUGCAGCUCAAGACAAUGUCCAGCAUGCUAUUGUUAAAAUGUCAGACAUGACUGGAAGCAGUGGUAGUCCUAGUCAGAGCAUACAUAGUGGAGAUAUUCAUUUCCCUCACCAUUGUCUGUCAGAGAUGACCAGCAUUAAUUCUCUUAUGAACGACCAUUCGCUCCAUGAACGGUCCUACAUACAAUAUAGAUGCGCACCAUGUCGAUUAGAAGUACGGCAAUUAACGUGUCGAAAGCAGGAACAACAUACGGCAAUAUUAAAGGCGAAGCGUUGGGCUAAUAACUUCUGUGAACCCGGUUCCACAUCGAUGCCGAAAGAUUGGAGACCCCGGGGAAUUCCGGUCGCGCAUCUUCACGAGCAUCGAGCCGCGGUGAAUAGAUUGGUUCCGAUACCGGAUACCAGUUUAUUUGCAAGUAAUUCUUCCGACGGAUGUAUUAAAAUUUGGGACGCCAGUAAAAUGGAAGGACGAAAUAUCGCUAAUCGUUCUAGGCAAACGUACAUGCACAGAGGAGGUCCACUGGUGGGCUUAACCGUGUGCGAUCAAGGACAAUCUUUAGCUAGUUCUGCGAGUACGUCUGGAACUGUAUUCGUACUACGGAUUGAACCAAAUUCUAGUAAAAUGAGUCUAAUUGGCACUCGUCAAUUAGAUCUUCAGGAAGAAGGAUGUGCUGUUGAUCUUCAGUAUUUAGAUUGCGGUUCGCAAUCAGUUCUCGUGUAUGCUUCGUUAUAUGGAUCGCUGGUAGGCUGGGACUUGCGAUGCCCGGGGACAACGUGGCGUUUGGAGAACGAUUUGAAACACGGAGUCAUCACGUCGUUUUGCGUAAAUAGUCAUCAGCAAUGGUUGACUCUCGGUACGAGUUCGGGUAUUCAUACUUGUUGGGACUUGAGAUUUCAACUGCCGAUAACGAGUAUUAAGCAUCCAACAGGUGCCAGAGUACGGAAGGUUAUUACGCAUCCAACGGAACAUUCGUGGAUAAUCUCGGCUGUACAAAGUAACAAUGAGAUCUCUAUGUGGAAUUUGGAGACUGAUCAUCGACAAAUGGUACUCUGGGCAUCUAGUGCCCCUCCGUUGAGUCGCACUCCGGUCGGUCAUAGUGUAUGUGCCAUGUACGCUGGAUGUAUCGAUUGCUCAGGCUUCCUCUUGGCCGGUGGUACCGAUAUGCGAUUACGUUUCUGGGAUUUCAACAGGCCAACCGCAUCUUAUGUCGCUCUGCCUGCUGCUAACGAUGUUCUCACGCCAAAUUCAUUAGCAUAUGAUUUACGUUUAAUAGACGGAACGAACGUUGUGCAAGAAGUAUUGGUAGACGAUGAGUCUAAUCCGUCAUCCGGAAGUGAUGCGAGAGGAAGAAAUAUAGAAGAGAGCGGCCCCGAGACUUCACCUUCAGGACAACAUGACACAAUUUCUGCUGUGACUAUGUCGAAUAUGUGCAUUCUCACUGGGAGCACGGACGGCCUAAUACAAGUUUGGAAAUGAUUGUUUUUCCAAUGCUCCAUAACUCGAUUCCAAAGUUCCUCGCUCGGACGACAAAAGAUUUUUUUAACAGUGCAAUUGUGGAUUUGUAAAAAAACGAAAUCAUUGUGAUUCAAGUAAGGAAUAAGUUGUUCUUGAAAAUAAUCCAAUAGGUGAAUUGUUCAGCAAUGUGAAUUGUCUGAAUAAUUAUAGUAUAAUUCAUUUAAUGACAGUCGGAGGAAUCGUGAUAAAACAGCAUGGAUAUGCCACAAUAUUUUUUAUUUUGGCAAAAAUUAGUAAUAUAUUUUUAACAAUUUUGUAAUUGUUGUUAACAUCAGGACUCGUUGCAGAUUAUGGUGAUAUCACAUUCACUGUGUUCAAAUUAACUCUACCAAUUACAUCUAUUUGUUUGGUUUUAAAUAAUUUUUUUUUUCAGAGAAAAUAAAAUUUCUUAAUAAAAUUUUAUAGAUAAAUUACAUACAAGUAAGAGAAACAUAAUUUACAAUUAUAUUUCAAUUUAAAUUUUUAUAUUUUACAUGAUUCAGUUUACUCUUGGAUAAUGUUAGAAUGAUUUUUAUUGUUUUCUUAAAUCAUUUAUAUAAUAUCAAUGUACAUACGAUGUUGCCGUGCUGUACUAAUUCUGUGAUUCUCUCUUUGGACUGUAUAUAGAACAUGUAAUAUACAUGAUAUUUAAGAUUA